AUACAUACAGAUUCCAUGGGAGCCAUCCAAUGCCUUCAACAAAAGUACAUCUCAGACAACAUACACCUGAUCACUUCCAUCCAUGCCAAAGCGCAAAGAAUCCAAGAGCAGGCCAGAUCUAUCACCAUCAAUUGGGUUCCUAGCCACACUGGUAUUAAAGGAAAUGAUCUCGCUGAUCAGGCUGCGAGAGAUGCCCUCAUACUCCCAGCCAUCAAUGCCAGGACCGCCCCAUCCUUGUCACUCUUUAACACAACUGUCAAAAAAGCUGCUCUCAUACGCUGCCGCUAUGACCUUCAGCAGCACGUAGCUAAAGGAUCCCCCAGUGCCAACUGGUACUGCAUCACAAGUGUCUCCCCACAUCCGCCAUAUAACCUACCAAGACAUAUCUUGACUAGACUACACAGACUCCGUCUUGGUUAUCACUGCUUUGAUGAACUCAAAGACACACUUCCUCAGUCAUGCAAACACUGUAACACACCCUCAAACACGCCACUCAUACACUAUGUAGAAGAAUGCCCAAGAACAGCACAUUUUCUUGAAAGAGGAUCUGCCGCGCCACACGUCAUCAGAAACACAGACAUUAACCAACUCAUCGAUCUCGUUAGGGCACUACCGCCCCCACGAAAGGCUGCCAAGAAGGCUGGCAAGGCUCAGAAGGCCAUAGCCAAAGGGGACAAGAAGAAGAAGCGGAGGAGGAAGGAAAGCUACUCCAUCUACAUCUACAAGGUGCUCAAGCAGGUCCACCCCGACACUGGCGUGUCCUCCAAGGCUAUGUCAAUCAUGAACUCUUUCGUGAACGACAUUUUCGAGCGCAUCGCUGCCGAGGCAUCCCGCCUGGCACACUACAACAAGCGCUCCACCAUCACCAGCCGGGAGAUCCAGACUGCCGUCCGUCUCCUUCUGCCCGGCGAACUGGCAAAGCACGCCGUCUCUGAGGGCACCAAGGCUGUCACCAAGUACACCUCCUCCAAGUAAACUGACUGUCAGUCAGCUAGAAGGGGG